AAACAUGUGGAAAUAUUGCUGAUUACAAUAUCUGUAGAAUAUCUAGACCAUCUGGUUCUUUAAUUGAUAAAAUCGAUUUUGAUGAUAGAUUUAUUGCUCUUGAGAAAAGAUUCUAUGUAUAUCAUUUAUUACAACAAGAGAAAACAUUUAAAUCUUUAAAUUUAUUAGUUUUUUUUUUAUAUUUGAAACUUGUUUCUUAUCAUCCACCUACUUUAGAAUCAACUUAUCGACUUUCAAAUGAAACAAAUCUAACAAAAUUAAUGUCACCAUUUAAGAUUGAUCUUUAUCUUGUUAGAGUAUGUGAUCUUGAAACAGCAAAAAAAAAUGAUUUAACAAUAGAAGAUAUUUUGAAACAACCUAGAGAUAUAAAAAAUCAUCAGUUGAAAGAUAAUUAUGAUAUAUUAUUACAAUAUAGUAUACAAAUUAAUUGUUCAACAGAAUGUGUUUUUAACGAACAUGAAAUAGUAAUGUGUAGAAAGUUUUUAAAAGAAGAACAGAAAACAUGUGAAAUAUCUAAUAAUACAGGACGUUUUAGAGAUACUAAUAUGGAUAUAAAUGAUAAAAUUAAGUUGGAAGAUACAUUUGGUGAAUAUGAUUCUGGUUAUCUAGUUUUUAUUUCAGAUGGAAGUAUUAAUAUAGCAUAUUAUCCAGAUUUGACACAAGUUAAUAGUAUUCAAGCAUUUUCUCAAAUG